AUGCCACUACCACAUAUACAUCCACAUGGAGGGCCCCCGAACCAAGGACAUCCACCACCGGACCAUUUGUUGAGCAUCAUCGGAUUAGUUGUCGCGAUCAUAUCUGCCGUCGCUGGCGUCCUCGCCCUGUUUGAGGGCUGGAAAAUGUGGAGGAAGGGGAAGAGGGACAAAUGUAAACGCGUUUAUUGGAUAGAGCACGGUCUUGGUAGUGCUCACCCAGGUCAAACUUCUCCCUUUUAUGCAAUGGGUGUGAAUAGCACGACUACGACCACGACUACGACUACAAAGACUACGACUACGAAUUACACUAUUUAUUUUUCUCCGCGUGACAUGUGUAAGAACAUCUGUCUUGGAUGGCUUGGUGUAGAGAAUGCAGAGCGUGAGAUCUUUGAGCUGGAUUGA